CCUCUCUCUAGCUCAUAAAUCUCUCUCUCUCUAAAACCAGAAGAGAAAGAACCUCUCUGUUUUUCUCCGUUGCUUCUAUCAGGAAAAGUAGUAGUUCAAGAACUGAAAAAAAUGCAAACCGACUCCUCGUCGAGCACCGUCACUGCGAACACCAUGUCCACCUCGCCAUUCAAGUCGCAACUGUUCCAUCCAAACGAUGUCGUUUACAGCUCUCUCUACUCUCCUCCGACCUACUCCUCCGACUCGCUGAAUUCGGACUCGGUCUCCAACUCCAACCGCCUGUACCACUCUCGGACCGUACAGGAGCACCAGGAGAACGUGAACCGGAAUUCUCUGUACCUCACUCGCCUUCGCGAGGCAACAGGAGAAGUCGAGGCUCUCCGCCAGGAGAACAGCCACCUCCACGUCGUCAACCGCGAGCUCAACAAGCAACUCAGCCUCCUCAUCCACGCUUUGCUCCGCUCCUCCGCCACCUCCAACGACUUCACCACUGCGGCGUCUUUUUCUGCUCUCGACGCCUCGUUCCGAAGGUUGAGAAUCGGAGGAGGAGGAAUGAACGAAGGAAGCGAUCACGAUCACGAUCAGAUCCCCUGGGAUGACGUGGCGGCGGUGCCAGAUCUGAUUGAACGUCCGACGAGCGUGAUCGAGAGCGGAAGGCUCCAGAACGCUGACGUGGAGCGCUUCUCGUUACCGAAGAGUAUCUCUGUCAGGUCCAAUGGUUACUUGAAGAACAAUCCCGCUCAUCACCAACCUGCUGGUUCCACUCGCACGACUCGGACCGCGACUCGGCCUCUACCCGCGAGUCCACUCAUCGCCACGCAAAAGGUGUAUGUGCCUGGAGUGAAGAAAGAGGAGGAGCCACUUGAACUAGAAGUGUACAACCAAGGCAUGUACAAGACGGAGCUAUGCAACAAAUGGCAAGAGACCGGAGAGUGCCCUUACGGAGACAACUGCCAGUUUGCCCACGGUGUAGAGGAGCUCCGCCCAGUCCUCCGCCACCCACGCUACAAGACCGAAGUCUGCAGGAUGGUCCUUACUGCUGUUGUCUGCCCCUAUGGUCAUCGAUGCCACUUCCGCCACUCACUCACUGAACAAGAGAGAGUCAUGGGUCCUCUUUUGCCCAGGGCAAUAAAGCUCGAAAGGUGAAUAGUAUUAUCACCCAAAAGCAAUUGGUGAUUGACGAGAGAAACUAUUCUUGAUAUUUG